GGCAACCUGAUCUUCUAUGAAUCAGACCUGACAGAGUGUGGCAUCGAUAUCAGAGCAGCCUCAGUGUUCACACAGAUCUUUAAAGAGGAGAGAGGACUGUACCAGGACAAGGUCUUCUGCUUCGUCCAUCUAAGUGUUCAGGAGUUUCUGGCAGCUCUUCAUGUCCACCUGACAUUCAUCAACUCUGGAGUCAACCUGCUGACAGACGACCAAACAACCUCCCGAUGGUCUGAAGUGUUCAGAGACAACUCAACACGUUUCUACCAGAGUGCUGUGGACAAGGUCUUACAGAGUCCAAAUGGACACCUGGACUUGUUCCUCCGCUUCCUCCUGGGUCUUUCACUGUAGACCAAUCAGACUCUCCUACGAGGUCUGCUGA